AUGGAGCGCAACGAUUCUUCCGACUCCAACCCAUGGGGCGCUGAGCCAUCCUAUGCUCAGCGCAUCUCCUCCUUCCAUGCCCAAAAGGAUGCCUCCUACGAUCAGCAGAUGAAUGAUGUCCUUGCAUCACCUCAUAUUCCAACAGACGAGCUUCGAGAGGAUCCUCAGGCAUCGUCCCUUGGAGAUGGAAGGAAGGGCGAUGCUCAAGCGGAUAGCCAUGUAGAUCAGGAUGAUGACGACGACGACGACUUUGUCUACAGUGGUAUCGACACAGCAGGCGGGCCUUCGAAAUCCACUUCCGGCGACAGCAUCGUCUCUGGCGACAUGAGCUCCGAUACCUACAGCGCCAAGCUCAAGGACAUCCUUGGCAGCGAUGAUGGCGACGAUGGCGACGAUGACGAGGAGGAUGACACCGCAGUCAAGGCUGUGAUCGACACAAGCGUGCUUGUGCGCUCCUCGGCUGCCUCGCCUUCCUCUCCGACUACACAGAGAGGCCCGAUACUGCAAGGAGAUGUCGACUCUGCCUCCAACACAACACCGCGCCAUGCAGAAGCAGCGCCCAGCGACGAUGGCUCCUCCUUCAGAUACCCACAUCCAUUGCCCAACGACGUCAGCUUCGACACCAGAUCUGCUUCUUCCCUUCAGAACCAUCAGCUCCCACACCACCGCCUUCCAUCACAUCCCUCGUCUUCACGCAUCUUCACCCCACGGUCGACUUCAGGCACUGGCCUGUCCCUUCUACGUCAGCCCAGCUCAACCAUCUCAGCGUCUACUCCACAACGCCCCGUUGCCUAUCCGUCUCUUUCGCGGCUAAGAGCCUCGGUAGGCAGAGCUGCGAGCGCCUCGCUAACACUUCCGAAGCAUAUCUAUGGAGAGUCUGCAAGAUCCUCAGGUGACAUUCCUGGCACACCCUCGUCGUCCUCUUCCCCAAAGAAAGCUCGUCUGCCGCUUCCAUUCGAGUUCACCGCAAACGGAAAGGCGGGCGCGGCUGCCGAUCCUUCGAGAGAGGACGAUGCGAAUCGCUCAGUCCUCGGCGAGUCGUCGAUCCUGCAGCGAUCCAGGCAGAGCUCUUUCUCGACGACCUUCAGCGGGUCCAUUGUCGGCCACAACAAGCGGCGCCGUCCUCGCGCGUCCUUUCCAUACGGCGGCACUGUCAACGGUUUACAGCUACCAACAGCACAGACCUCCACUUCCCUCCUCAGCGACCCUGCCUCGUCUUCUCUUUCCGCUCAUCAGCAGAGCAUCGGACAGCGUGUCGUCCUGGGAGGAGGUGCGGAGCAGGACAGUGAUCACCAAGCUUCGGAGCCAACCCUGAAGGAGGCCACCUACAAUGAGCGCGACGAACUCGGCCGCGACGUCGUCAAGUGGUCCGCAUUGCGGCGUGUCAUCGCUGAUGCCAAGUCCGCUCCCGACGCUCCUGAGCCAAUCCCAACUGUGCUCGCCGUGGCUGGUGGUCUCAUCGCCAUAGGAAUGCAAGGCGGCAAGACCGUCGUCUGCGACUUUGCUCAAGAGCCAAUAGCCUCGUGCGGACACGAUGGCAGAGGCCAUGGAGAUGCGGUCACCGCGCUCGCGUUCUCCUCGGAUCACUCCUUCCUCGGCGUCGGACAUGCAUCAGGCAACAUCUUUCUCUAUGAUCUCUCCAAUCCAGGGCGCGCUGCUCGCCAUGUACCACCAGUCCCUUUGUCGUCGGUCAAGCUUGGUAAGAAGGAAGGCCACCUUUCCGGUUCCGCUGUCGUCCACAUCGGCUUCAUCGGUCUCCGUCACACGGCCAUUGUCACCGCCGACAACAAAGGCCUAGCCUUCUACCAUGCCCUGGGCCGGAUCCUCGGAGUCAGCUCCGUCGACACACUCCGUCUGCUCGGCAAGUAUCCGCAGUACGAGCACGAGGACGAGCUGGGUCUCGGUGACAGCAAGAAGCGCAACACCAUCUUCCAGCUCAGUCCUCUGCCCUUGGGACCUGGGCCACAUGCUGCGGACGACACGACCUUUGUCGCCAUGAUCACGCCCACCAAAUUGGUGCUCGUCGGGCUCAAACCUUCGCCGCGGACAUGGUAUCGCAAACUCAGCCCAUCACAAGCAGAGGAAAAGCCGACCAUCGUUGCACUUACCGAAGAGCAAGCCGAGCAAGAGCCGGGCUGCCUCGCUUGGUAUCCAGCAUCCACAGAGACGGACGGCAGACGCAGGCGGCAGACCAAUCCAAUCCUUGCGUUCUCAUUUGGGACGACUCUACAUCUUGUGCGGCUUGUCGUCAGAAAAGUGGAACAGAGACAGGAUCCCAGAGCUGCAAGAGGCGCGAACGCCCAAGGUGCGAGCACGAUGGUGGAGGAGGUCGAUCCGGUCGAGCUCACCAACGAGGAUGGCAUCGAGGAGCCGGAUCGCAUCGUCGCUCUGCAGUGGUUCAGCCCGGAUCUGCUGAUGAUCACUACAAGAUCCGGUCUCGCGCUCUUUGAUUGUCGAGCCGGAAAAGUGACUGAGAGGAUGAGGGGGGGCAGUGCGUCGGUGAUCCUGGCCAAGACCAUCGAGCAGCGAUACUACGACGCUGCGCUGCUCGGCAAGCCCUUUGAUCCGCACGCCGAGCCGCAAGAAGACGACGUCGAGUCGGACGAAACACUUCGACCUCGUUCGUGGGCUCUGAACCACAGCGUCCGCAUCUCCAAAGGGCGCUCCUUCUUUCUGACGAAGUCAGAUCUCGUCGUUGGCACUCUUCUCUCCUGGGCCGAUCGCUUGCUGCUCUACGUCACCUCAGGCGACUUUUUGUCCGCGAUCGAGCUGGCCACCCUCUUCCACCAGGGCAAGUUUCUCGGAUCUGCCGUUGGUCUCCCUUCGGAUCCUGACGAGCGCACGAUCAUUGUCGCCAACAAGCUUCGAGAUCUGAUGGCGGCGUCCGCCGAGUAUUCGUUCUCGCCCGACCGUCUCACCGACUCGACACAUGUGACAGCCGACGGCCGUGGCGUCGACAGGACCUCGCUCUUUCAAGGUCUUGCUCGCGUCUGUGCACGCGCCUGUCUCUCGCUCAACGACCUCGACUUUCUCUUCGAUACGCUGUACGACAAGUACGAGGACAAUGGCAUCGAGAGCAUCUUUGUCGGACAGAUGGAAGAUUUCAUCGUGUCAGGCGAGCUGCGAUCGCUACCAAUCCCGGUGGUGCAGAGAUUGGUGGCUUUCCGAAAAGACAGACAAGAGUAUGCGCAAGCAGAGCGCAUCAUCUGGCACGUAGAUCCCAAAUCACUCGACCUGGAUCAAGCUCUGUCGCUGUGUCUCGACAGGAGGCUCUACGACGCUUUGACCUACGUUUUCAAUGCUGCCCUGGAGGAUUAUGUCUCGCCCAUCAUUGAGAUGCUUCAUCCUGUGCGGCGCGCGAUUGGGCGUCGACGGAAGCAGCAACAGCAUGGGGACGCCGCCAGUUUGCAAGAGGCAAACGACGAUCCAUACGCACAUGUCCGUGUCUCUGACACUCUUGACGAAGAGGAACCAGAGGCAGAGGUGGAUUCCGAGGAACGCGACAUCGAAGAUGGCUAUCGUGUCUUUUCGUACCUGUCGGUCAUCCUGACGGGCAACAGGUAUCCGAGCCAGGAACCGUUCGAGCAGGACGAGCAGGCGAGCAAGGCCAAGAGCUCGAUCUAUGCGUUCAUCUUCUCCGGCGGCUCGAUGCUGUGGCCUCCAGGCCCUGGCGGCAAGCUUGUGCUCUACGGACUGGAUGACGAUGCUAAUAACGACGGACCACGCCCACAUGGCAGCCCAGAUGCCAACGACGGAGACCACGAACCACUCUACCCAUACCUGCGGCUGCUCCUGGAGUUUGACGCCGAAGCCUUCCUCGACGCUUUGGAUCUGGCGUUCGAGGAUGGCUUCCUCGAUGACGAAGAUGUGGUCGGAAAGCGUCUCAGCAGGCAGCUCAUAGUUGACGUCCUCCUCGAGCUGGCCAGUGGUCAGCCUUCCUUCCCGCAGAGGGUCGUCAGUGGCAGUUCUACCCGAUCUGACGAAGGAUUGGGCCACGCGCCGGACACCAGGUCGCCGAAGCUGCCCCUGAUGGCGCGCAUCUUUGCCCACAUCUUCGUCGCACGUAACGCGCCCAAGUAUCCUCAAUUUAUUCACCUUUCGUCGCAGAACGUGGACGUCCUGCUUCGCUUCCUUGCGCUUCCAUCGCCGCACGAUGCAGACGCAGUCGACAUGGAGAUGGGCGAGACGACACACGAAGACCGCGAGCUGGCAGCUGAGUGUCUGCUUUCGCACUACAAGCCACGAUUCGACGAUGACUGGCUGGACACAUUCGAACGCGCCGACUUUCACCGCAUCUUGCGGUCCGCCUUCCGACAAGAGAAGAAAUGGGACCGCUUGCUCGGCAUGUAUCUCCGAGAACAUCUUCGGGCGGGUCCGACUCAGACCAUCGAGGAAGACGAAGACAGUGUUGCAGCGACAGGCGGCGACGCUUUUGCCCACUUCGAAGAGACCCUCUUUAAUGCAGCAAGGAAAGACACCCCAGGCGGGGACAAGCUUCAGAUCCGUUUGCACGAACUACUCUCGGACCACAUCAUCGAUUUGCUCGACCUUGAUCCGCUCAAAACAGCCAGCAUGAUGGAUCGCUUCUUCCCCACGCGGCACGAGCAGGUGCUGCAACGGCUAGCUCAGCUGGACGAGAAGAGGCUACUGCUGUAUCUGCAGUGCUUUUUCGAGCCGGUGCAAGUCGGCAAGGCGACCGCAGCGGAGCAGGUGUCUCAGCAACAAGAUCAGACCAGCCACCUUCCAACGGCAGAGCUCGACUGGACCAACGACGUCGCAGAAAAGGCAGCAUCUGCUGCCAUCUUCAACGCCGAUGUCGGACGAGCGGACCCGGAGCAUCUGCCCCGCAAGGACCGGGAGGCGUUCCUGGAUCUACUCUGUCGAUAUGAUCCAGAGGCGGUGGUGCGCAACCUCGACGCCAAGGGCGCGAGCUUCUUCGAUCUCGACCGACUUGUCCAGGCGUGUCGCAGCGGUGACACGGCCAUCGACGGAAGCAGAGUGGCGCAAAACAGCGAUGCAGUCCUAUGGGCGCUCGAUCGACUCGGACGUUCCAAGGAGGCGUUUGAGGAGCUCGAUACGGCGUGCUCCAGAACGGCCGACUCGCUCGUCUUUGUGGCCACAGAGCAGUCUGGUGUGGAUCCGGCCUCGUCCAUCGCGGACGAGCUGCUGGCUGAUAUCAGGCGCUGCGUCAACGUAGCUGUGCAGCUGUGCAUUGAGCGCGCCAACGCCUUUGGUGGUGUCCACGAGAGUGAUGACGAGGAUCGCGUGACGAACGAAAAGUCGGUCAAGGCGGAAGAGCGACUCGAUACGGACGAGGUGUGGUAUCGCCUGUUGCGCAGUCUUGUCCGUCUGGUGCACGAUGUUGCUCACUUAGGCGCACCUUCCCCCUCGGGUUCCGUCAGCCACGAGGAAUACAGCGGCAGUGCGGCAGUACCGCGCCCGAAGCAGCUGCUCAAUGGCGUCCGCGACAUUGUCCAGGAAACGCUCUCCGACCUGAUCUCUUCCACGGCAGCCGAAGCCGUCUCGUUCCCUGCGCUCUUCCGCCGACUCACUGGAUCCGACAAUACUGCCAAAGUCCCGUCCGGUGGCAAGGCCAGUAAUGUCGAUCAUCAAGCCGGCGUCGCCGAGUACUAUGCCGAGAUUCGCUCCGUGCUAGAUGGCAUGCUAUCAGCGUAUCAUCUGCGAUCGGAGCUGCUGGCGAUCACAAACAAGCUUUUCGACCACGACACGUUCCAUCAAUUCCGCCGUCUGCACGCACAGCGACGACACGGAUGGCGACCAGCCGGCGGAACCAGUUCUCGAUGUGCUGGAUGCCAGGUGCUCUUGGUCGGACCCAAACGCGGAACGAACGCAGCAAAAGCAGACACCGCCAUCGGAGACGGUCAGGCCAUGCUUGUCACGUCGCCAGAAGCAGACCAUGCCGCCGUCGUGGAAGAUCUCAGGCGAAAGACAUUCCAGCCAUCGCGCAGCACCUCUUUCUCCUCUUCUUACGGCGGCCGCAGCGCGGGCAAUGCCUUGCUGACGCCCUCCACGCCGCUACUGCAGACGCAUCAUCGUCGAGCCAAAUCGCCGUACGACGGGAAAGCAGCCCCGCUCGCCUCUCCGCGCGUCGACAAGGGCAAGGGUGUCGUCCGAUCCGCCUCGACUGAGUUCUCUCACUUGAACGGCAAUGCAAGCAGCAGCAGUGCGGGACGGCGGUACGCCAGCGAAGAAACCGACACGCCGAACGAGGUCGAUGGGUACUUUGGCAGCGAGCUGGGCGCAAGGUCUGCGCAGGCGAAUGGCGGGCCUAGUGCGGCAAUGACACGGUCGAACUCGACAGCGAGCAGCGUUGGGUUCUCGUUGCGCAUCAACGAUGAGCCUGAACAGAGGCUGUCGCUGACGGCAGAGGAGGCGAAUGGGGACGGAGGAUUGGAGGAUGGCGAUGGGACGCUGACGCCUUCGCGAUUCGGACAGAGGUCAGAAAGCGUAUCUGCGCAGUACGCAGAGCGGGUUACUGAGGGCGGUACCUCAUUUGAGCAGCAGCAUGAGGAAGCGGAAGAAGCGGAGAGCAAGCAAGACGAGAGGAUCGUGGUUCAAAAGACCGGCUUGGUCUACCACGAGAGCUGCUGGCUGCGCGAGCAUCCUUACCAACCUCUUACCUCGUAG